GUUAUUGAUUUGGGUGGGCAGUGGGAUUACUACUCAACCAACAAAAGCAUUCGUGGUCAUGGUCUCGUUCCUGGCGAUAUCUAUUCUGAUUUAUAUCGUUCCAAAGUGAUCUCGGAGCCUUUGUUUGGUGACAACCAUCUGGAUUUGGCAUGGAUUGGUGCGGAGAACUGGACGUACUCUAGAACGUUCACUGUUGAUCCAUCGCUAAUGAAGUAUAGAACAGUACUGCUGCUGUUGAAAGGUGUCGACACAGUAUCGACAGUGACUCUAAAUGAUGACAUUUUAUUGAACACAACUAACCAAUUCGUGGAAUAUCACGUUGACUUAUUUGGGUCCCUCAAAACGAAGAACACUAUCGAAGUGCGAUUCACCUCACCAGUGCUAUACGCUAAGGAAAAAUCAGAUGAAUAUUAUGUGAGUAGCUCAGUUCGCUAA